UUUACUUCCGGGAGCACACGCUGUCAGGCGAGCUCUGUUGUUGACAUAUCUAAAAAAUAAAAGUUAUUUACAAUAAACGAUAGGACGUUUCAAGAAGGUUUCCAAGCAAUGUCAGAACCAUAUUGUUAAUAUUUAAAGCUAAACUCGAGAGUCAUGGAGUUGCAUGUGGACUUUAGUCAGUGACGCUAAAAAAAAAAACACCUUUCUUAUGCAGGAGAAAGUGAGCUGUUACUGUUACACAAACAGGUUUCUCUUCUUCAGAUACAAUUGAAUAAUAAUAAACUCUAAUAACUGCAUUGUGUCGAGACACUAGUGAUCAAGUUUUCUGACUGAGUAAAUAAGGACAGCUUCUGCGAGACCGUUUGAACAGCUGCAGCAACAACAACAACAGACCGAUCACGAGCAUGUUUGCGACACGAAGCUUCAGUCUUCUGUGCAGGAGAUCAGCUGUUUCAGCAUGGAGAAACACAAGUCAGAGUGCUGCGAAGAAGAGGCUGGAUAUAAGUGGGAUUUAUCCUCCCAUUGCCACUCCAUUCACCCAGAGUGAAGACGUGGAUUACCAACGACUGGAUGACAAUCUCAAGAAGUACAGCAACUUACCUUUCAGAGGUCUGGUAGUGCAGGGCUCUAAUGGGGAGUAUCCAUACCUGACGCCGGAGGAGAGGGUCCAGGUGGUGAAGAGAGUCAAGCAGACGCUGCCUGAAGACCAGUUACUCAUGGCUGGGUCUGGCUGUGAAUCCACCAGAGCCACGAUCCAGAUGAGCCAGCAAAUGGCAGACGCCGGUGCUGACUGUUUGUUAGUGGUAACACCGUGCUUUUACCGCGGUCGAAUGGAUAGCAGAGCUCUAAUAAACCACUACACUAAGGUGGCAGAUUCCAGUCCGGUGCCAGUUGUGUUGUACAGUGUGCCAGCAAACACGGGGCUCGACCUGCCUGUGGAUGCAAUAAUUCAACUUUCCCAGCAUCCAAAUAUCGUCGGCCUCAAAGACAGCGGUGGAGAUAUCAGCAGAAUAGCUCUGGUUGUGCAGAAGACCAGAUCGCAGGGUUUCCAGGUUCUGGCAGGAUCUGCCGGUUUCCUCAUGGCUGCAUACGCUGUCGGGGCCGUGGGAGGUGUGUGCGCCCUCGCAAAUGUCCUGGGUCAGCAAGUGUGUGAUCUAGCGCAGCUGUGUGUUUCAGGACGCUGGGACGAGGCCAGAGAGCUCCAGUAUCGCCUCAUCGAACCCAACACAGCAGUAACGCGUCAGUAUGGCGUUCCCGCUCUGAAGCAAGCGAUGGAGUGGUUUGGAUAUCACGGCGGUGUGUGCCGGUCCCCGCUGCAGCCUCUAUCAAAGGCAGAUUUAGAGCAGCUUCAAGUCAAAUUCUCCUCCAAUGGCUGGCUGUAGAAGCAGGAAGACCAACGGAAUCCAAGUGUUACAGUACUGUGUUCUAAAACAGAAUGUUGAAUGUUCUUUCUGUGUUGUCUUUAAUUCAAGCAGCAAUAUUUGAAUAAAAGCAAAUGAUACGUGUUCAA